AUGUCGGACUAUUUCCCCCAAGAAGUGUUGAUCGAAAUACUCUCAAGAGUCCCGGUGAAUUCUCUGCUGAGAUUCAGGUGUGUGUCUAAGUCCUGGCUCUCUCUCAUCACCAGCCCUAAUUUCAUCAAUACCCACGUCAAUCAGUCCAACAACAACAACUCUCACCUUCUCAUCAGGUACUUCUCUCUCAACCCCAGCAGCCAAGAGCGCUAUUCGGUCCAUUUCGACACCCAAACAACACUCGAUCACUAUACAGAAUUCAACUGUCCAUUCAAGACCCGUUCGAAAACCUUCUUCCGACUAGUGGGCACUUGCAAUGGCUUGAUUUGCCUCUCAGACGACCAAUUUGGCUACACCUACACUCUAAUCAUCUGGAACCCGGCGAUUCGGAGGUGUGUGAGCCUUCCUAGGCCUCGCGUAUGCUUCGAUGUCUAUGGUCCUUAUAUGUUUGCUCUUGGGUUCGGAAUCGAUUCUCGAACCAAUGACCACAAGCUGGUGAGGCUCGCGUGGCUCCAAAACAGAGUGGGUUCUUGGGAUACAAGUAAAGGUGUUACGCGACUGUUGUAUGCAGGAGGGGAGGAGGGUUAUCUACCUCCUCCUGAAGUCGAGGUCUUCUCUCUCAGCACUGGCUCUUGGAAGACGGUUAAUGCUGAUGCUCCUCCGUAUAAAAUGAUUGAUCAUUUCUGCUCGGCAGUUUUUCUCAAAGGGUCUCUGCAUUGGCUCGCUCAUAAGCGAAUGGAUGACUCGAAUCGCAGUUAUCACAGUGCAAUUUUGGCAUUCGAUAUCGGUCGUGAGGUGUUCGACGACAUGAUUCUUCCAAAACGGUUGGCUAGCAAGUUUCCACUCAACUUGACAAUUGGAAUGUUUGAGGAGACACUUGCUGUUUUUCACUAUGAUGACUGGAAUUUGACCAAGCGUUGUGCUGUGUGGGUGAUGGAACAGUUCGGGGUAGCUGAGUCCUGGAGGAAGCAAUUCACUGUUGAGAUUCAAGAAGGAAUAGGGGCGGCACUCGGGUUUAGGAAGAAUGGGGAAAUGAUACUGGUGAAGGGUAAUGAUGAAGUGGUUCUGUAUGACCCGGGCAGUAAAGCUUUUAACAGUCUUGGAAUUCAUAGCAAUAGAGACUCAGUUUUUGUGGGUACCUAUGCUGAGAGCCUGGUUCUGCUUGAUGGAGUGAAUGUAGUCUUGGGGGCACAGGUGGAGUCUUGUUCCACUAUUAAUUCUGAGGAAGAAGCUGUUUCGGGUAGUCAAGAUGAAGCCACACGUCUGGCGGAUGCACUUCAACAAAACUCCAUGAUGAAUCGCUUUUUUGCAGUACAUUUUCUCAGUUACUAG